AUGUCCAACCCCAACCCCACCAUCUUCUUCGCCGGCCUCGGCGCCAUGGGCUACGGCAUGGCCACUCACCUCCUGCGCUCCGGCUUUCCAGUCAUCGGCUACGACGUCUACCAACCCUCCAUGCUCAAGCUGGUCGCCGAAGGCGGCGCCUCGGCCAACACGCCACGCGAAGCGGCCGAAGAUGUCGACUUGAUGCUCGUCAUGGUCGCGAACCACCUCCAAGCCAACCCUCUCCUUUUCGACCCCGUCGCCGGCGCCGUGGCCGCUCUGAAGGAGAACGCGACCAUCAUCGUCUGCUCGACCGUCGCGCCCGCGUAUAUCAAUGAGCUCGAACGGCGUUUGAACGAGCUGCGUCGGUCGGACAUCCGCCUCAUCGACGCCCCCGUCUCCGGCGGCGCCGCCCGCGCCGCUACCGGCUCCCUGUCCGUCUUCUCCUCCGGCGCCCACGACGCCCUUUUCGCGCCCCACGUCCAAUCCAUCCUCGCUUGCUUGAGCGACGGUAGGAAACUCUACCACGUCCCCGGCGGGCUCGGCGGCGGCAGCAAGGCGAAACUGAUCCAUCAGAUCUUCGCGGGGGUGAACAUCGCCAUGGCGAGCGAGGCGAUGGGUCUGGCCGCCGCGGCGGGGCUGGACACGAAGAGGGUCUUUGAGGAGCUGCGUCAGGGCGAGGGCGCCAGUUGGAUGUUCGGCAACCGGGUGCCGUUCAUGCUGGAGCCGGGUCUCGGGCGGUACAGCGCGGUCACGAUCAUCGCGAAGGAUGUGGGCAUCAUUGCGGGUACGGCGAGGGAGGAGACGUUCCCGCUGCCGAUGGUGGCGGUGGCGGAGCAGUUGUUUUUGAGCGCGAUCGGUGCGGGGUGGGGCGCCGAGGACGAUUGCGUCGUUGUGAGGUUGUACUUGCCCGGGAGGCCGCGUCUGGUGACGGAACGGGUUGGUAAGGCGUCUGAGGGCUCCUUGGACCCAACGUCGACGAUCAAUGUGGAUGAUAUCACGGAUUUGAUGGUCGGGGUGCAUCUCGCCGCUAUGAGCGAGGCGAUGGCUUUCUGCGAAACGUUGGGCGUUGAUUCGGCGUUGAUGUACGAUAUCGUGAGUAAUGCCGCGGGCGCGAGUAACGUUUUCGGGAAAUAUUUCGGGCGGAUGAGGGAGAGGGGGUGGGGGUUGAAGGGGUUGGAGGGUGUGAGGGAGAGGCUUACGAGCGCGGUAGCCAAAGUCGGCGAGCUGAGAUACCCGCUCUAUCUCUCCUCCGCCGCCUUGCAGGAGUUUAACCGACAGUUGCGGUGA